GCAACAGGUCCUCUAGGGGCUGGUGCGGGGCAGCGAGCGCCGGGACUCUGGGAAGAGUGAAAACUCUUUUCCUUGGGAUUCGCGGGGUUUUUUUAAUUUGUUUUUUCGUUUGUUUGUUUGUUUCGGUGACGCGCGGCCGGCUGCGUGCGCGGAACGCCGGGGCCGGGGGAGCCGUUUCCAGCCGAGCCGGGCCGGGCACGGCAGCGGCCCCCGGCGCGGCGGGGCACCAUGGCGAAAGUGCUGGCGGCCCUCAGGAACCACUGGAAGAAAUCCACGUUCGGAGCCUGCCUGCUGGGCUGGGGCGGACACUGGCUCUAUGGGAAACACUGUGAUAACCUGCUACGAAGAGCUGCAUGCCAAGAAGCCCAGGCUUUUGGCAACCAGCUGAUGCCUGCCACUAUGCCAUUGAAGAAAGCAACAGUCUUGCUCAACCCAGCAGCUUGCAAAGGCAAAGCUGGGAACCUUUUUGAAAAGAAUGCUGCACCAAUCUUGCACUUAUCUGGCUUGGAUGUAACUAUUGUUAAGACUGAUCACGAGGGACAAGCAAAACAGCUUCUGGAAAUAAUGGAAAACACAGAUCUGAUCAUUGUUGCAGGAGGAGAUGGCACAGUCCAAGAGGUGAUAACUGGACUUCUCCGUAGAGCAGAUGAGGCUGUCUUCAGUAAGAUUCCUAUAGGAUUCAUACCCCUUGGAAAAACUUGCACUUUGAGCCACACACUGUACCCUGAGUGCACAAAUCAAGUCCAACAUAUUACUAAUGCUACAUUGGCCAUUUUGAAAGGAGAGACAGUUCCACUUGAUGUCUUACAGAUCAAGGGAAAAAAGGAGCAGCCUGUGUUUGCAGUCUCUGGUUUAAGAUGGGGAUCUUACAGAGAUGCAGGAGUUAAAGCUAGCAAGUACUGGUACCUUGGGCCUCUGAAAACUAAAGCAGCUCAUUUGUUCAGUGUAUUUAAGGAGUGGCCUCAGAAACAUCAAGCUUGUCUCAUGUACGUGGGUCCAACUGAGAGACCUCCAGAGGAGCCCGAGGAGAAAUCAUCCAGACCUCCUUUGUAUGUGAGGCUUUACCGACGGCUGCGAUCGUACUGGUCAUCUCCAAAAGAGUUCCCCCAGGAGGUAGCCCCAGAGGACUGGGAGAAGCUGAAGCUGUCCACCAUUGAGCUUUCCAUUGCAACUCGGAACAAACAGCUUGAUCUAGCACGCACUAAGGACUUCAUGGACAUUUGCAUCGAGGCAGAGUGUGUCAGCAAAGGGGAGUUUGUUCACAGAGGAAGUCAAAAGAUGCAUGACCCACACAUGUGCCCUGAAGGGAGUCAGUGCAUCCAAGCCAGCAGAUGCAUCUUGCAACUUCCAGAGGGCACUGAGGGAUCCUUUGGCAUUGAUAAUGAGGAGUAUGAAGCGAUGCCUGUGGAGGUGAAGCUCCUGCCCCGCAAACUCCGCUUCUUCUGUGACCCCAAAAUCAGAGAGCAGCUGCUGCAAGCAGUGGUACACUGACAACUCAUGGCACAGGGGCCAGUGUUCACCAGGCUGUCUCUUCAAGGCACAUGAGACCUAACCAACCUGAUUAACCCCACUAGACUAAUAAGCCUUUUGGCUAUUUUUAUGUGCAAGGUACUUCCAUUGGAAGUGUAUGACUUGACUGGUCUCAAAGGGGUUAAAAAUGCAAAUGAAAAUUCUGAAAAAUGCAUGUUAACUUGAUGGCAUCUUUUCUUCCCCUUCCUCUAAGAAGUCAUCAUUUACAUCAUUUACAGCACUACAGGCUGAGUGCUGUGUGCCAGAUGCUACUGCUGUAAUGCAAUUGUAUAUUAAAGUAAAAUUUAAGUAUA